AUGGUUUAUGAUUUACCAAACUAUCAGUGCUUCACUGACAGGGGAGUGAACUUGUUUGUUGAUAGUAGACGACCAAUAAGUAACCGCCAUUAUUUACUCACGGUUUGGCCCACUGCGCGCCGCGUAGUAGGCCCCACUGGAACAACGAAUAGAAGGGAGAGUGAAUAUGGUUUCGCCUUUCGCGGAUUGCAGAAGAGAGAAAUGAAGGGGCGGCGAGUCUACUCGCUCCUCGGCAUCCUCCUCCUCGUCGCCGUGGGCUACCUCAACUGGUCGUCCGGCGGAGGCGGCGGGAUUCGGGUCCCGAUCCCGUGGCUGCAGCCGCGAAUGGGGUUCGUCGGCCGGAAUGGGACCCAGUUCGUUGACCUCGACGACGGGUCGCCGAUCUACGUCAACGGUUGGAACUCCUACUGGCUGAUGGUAUCCGAAUCCGGAUAUUGGAUGGUAGAGAUGCUAAGGCGCGGGCGCGCCAUGGGGAUGUCGGUGUGUCGGACGUGGGCGUUCAGUGACGGUGGCCCUAAUGCGCUUCAGAUCUCCCCCGGACGCUUCGACGAAAGGAAGUUCCAGGCGUUGGAUCUUGUCAUAUACGAAUCAAGGAAAAAUGGCAUCAGGUUAAUUCUUAGCCUUGUCAAUAAUCUCAAAGCAUUUGGCGGGAAAGCUCAGUAUGUCAGGUGGGCACAAGCUGCUGGGGUUAAUGUGUCAACUUCCUUAGAUCCAUUCUUCUCGGAUUCAACCAUCAAGGGAUACUACAAAGACUUUCUCAAGGCAAUCAUUUCCAGAAAGAACUCCUACAGUGGAGUCAGAUACUCUGAUGAACCUGCCAUAUUUGCUUGGGAACUAAUAAAUGAACCUCGAUGUGAUUCCAACUCAUCCAGCUCACUUCUUCAGGAAUGGAUUGCUGAGAUGGCAUCAUAUGUAAAGAGUUUAGAUGAGAAACAUCUUGUCACAGUGGGGCUUGAAGGGUUUUAUGGACCUGGAAGAACAGAACGGUUGGGGAUAAACCCAGGGGCAUGGGCAGCUUCACUUGGUUCCGACUUUAUAAAGAACUCAGCAAUUGAGAAUAUAGAUUUUGCUUCUGUGCACGCAUAUCCUGAUAGCUGGAUACCAAAGGCAACGCUGGAAGAAAAAGUAAAGUAUCUCUCAAGUUGGGUUGAUUCUCAUAUCAAUGAUAGUGAGCAUUUGCUGAAGAAACCAGUCUUGUUCUCAGAGGUUGGUUCACAAUUGCAUGUUAAGAAAAAUGGGUCAUACGACAGAGACAUAUUACUAAAAAUAGUUUAUGAUAAAGUGUAUGAGUCAGCCAGUAAGGGGCAUGCUGGAGCUGGUGCUCUCAUUUGGCAAUUGGUUGUUGAAGGAAUGCAAAGAUAUCAUGACGAAUUUUCUCUAGUAGCAAGGGAGCACCCCUCCACAUAUAAGCUGAUAUUGCAACAAUCUUGUAGAUUACAGAACUCGCUUAAGAAAAACGAAAAUGCUAGUCGAGAAAUCAACCAUAUCUGCAUGGAUUUGCCACCCUAAGAACUUGGAACGUUGUUUGUUUCCUUAAUCAUUGCAAUUCCAAGGAUGAUCAAAGGCAUUAAAUUGACAGAGAAGACUUUUUGCAACAUGGAGAAGCUACCGUGGAAAUUUGCUUAUCAUACUGAAAAUGAUCAUUGCUUGCUUAUUCCAAAUGAAAUUUACCUUCAAAUUCAUGUUUUGUGAAUCUGAGCUGCCACCAAAGUCAUUAGAAAAGAAGGAUGCAAGAUGAAGAGCAGGAUGUUUCUGUAUGGUAUAUACGCAAUUCUACAAUUAUUUUUUUUCACACGAAAACAUAUACAUUGUACCUCAAAUUGAAAAUUCAGUAGUGACUGCUAGUGAACUUUUUCAUUGAAAGAUGAAUUGAAAAUUUUGAAGAAUUAUGCUA